UUGACCUAACCUAACCGGUGAUGAGAGCAAAUAUAAACUUCAAUACAAAUUGUAUUAUAAAUAAACAUUUCUUUUUUUUUAAAUAGAAAUUUUAUUAUAAAAAUAAUUUAAGACAGGUCAGAAUUAUACAAAUUUUGAUAAAAAUGAGUAUUAUACCCUCUACUACUUGGGUAAAAAGAGGUGUUGCCGCUGCGGUUCCCGACAAGGUCGAAUUAAAACCUGAAGAGCUCGAAAAGAUUAUAAAAGAAGCACAAUCUGCUUUGGACAAUGACGAAGAUUCUGAUCAUGACAAAGAUGAGACUAUCUGUAAACCAUCUACAUCUAACAGAAGAACUCAAGGAGAAUCUUCCACAGCUGACGAAUACAACUUUGAAGCUUAUGAUACAGAGUCUGGUAAUAUGUGUUGUCACAUAUCUAAUGUAGCCAGCAUUGAUGCAGAUGGUAAAGAUCCUCUUAUAACAAAUGAUGAUGAUGAUGAUUCUGAUAAAGAAGAUGAUAUUAUCAAGGUUGAUGACAAUCUGGUGCUAGUUGGACAUAUUGAAAGAGAUGCUAGCAUCUUAGAAGUAUUUGUGUAUAAUGAAAGAGAAGGAUCCUUUUAUUGUCAUCAUGAUAUAUUACUACCUUCAGUUCCAUUAUGCUUAGAAUGGCUUAAUUACGAUCCUGCAGAUUCAAAACCAGGCAAUUUAUGUGCGGUUGGCUAUAUGACUCCCAUAAUUGAAGUAUGGGAUUUGGAUAUAAUGAAUUGUUUAGAGCCAGCCUAUAAGUUAGGCUGUAGACCAAGUAAAAAGAAGAAACAGAAACGUGUGGGUCAUAAAGAUGCGGUUUUAGAUAUAGCAUGGAACCAGAAUUAUACACAUAUUCUUGCUAGUGGUUCAGUCGAUGAAACAGUUCUGUUAUGGGACUUGGAAAAUUGUAAACCUGCAACCAAAUUAGAUUCAUUCAAUGAAAAAGUACAAGCGCUGAAAUGGCAUCCACAGGAAACUCAUCAACUACUGACAGGAUGUGCAGACAAGUUAGUAAGAUUAUUCAACUGCAAAGAAGACGUACUUGCACAAAGUUGGGUAGUAUCAGGAGAAGUGGAGAGGGUGUUGUGGAAUCAUUUUGAUCCGAAUUAUUUUAUUGUCAGUACGGAUAAUGGUUACAUAGAAUACUACGAUGUGAGAAAAAACAAGCCAUUAUGGCAAAUCAAAGUCCAUGAAAAAGAAGUCACAGGUCUUUCUCUUAGCACGUCAUGCCGAGGCUUAUUAGUUUCUUGUUCGAAUGACGGUGCAAUAAAAAUAUGGAAUCUCCUUGACAAAAAGUCUCCUACUCUCAUAUGCGAACAAGCGAGCAAUUUAGGUGCAAUACAAUGCUUAGCAGCAAAUCCAGACAACGGAUUCAUAUUUGCCGCUGGCGGAGACAACAAGGAGCACAAUUUCAAAGUGUUGGAUAUUUCGGAAAUACCUGCAGGUAUGUGUGUAAACUGUUUUAUACAAAUUAUACAUGUUAUUCUUAACUUUUAUUUCACAUUAUCAGUGCGGGAAAGACUGGCAGACGGACAACUUGUCACGUCGAAUAGUUCCGCAAAGAAAUCCAAACAUUGCGAUAUAAUGGACAUCAGUGAAGAUGUAAACGAUAUGGAAAUUUAAAGUUUAGAAUUAGUAAAUGAACUGAGAAAGGGAAGACUUUUGAAAGUUAACACUUUCAAAAGAAUAUACACUUUUUAUUAAACAAUGAUACACCUGUAAACUGUAAAUAAACGAUUCUCCAAGUU